UUGGCAAUCAAAUCCCAGCCCGGGAUCGCCAGCCACAAGGCGUGCUAUCCACAUCGUUUCCCGCCCAAAAACCACCAUGGCCACCGCCCCCCUCGCCGCCUCCCUCCCGGCGAGAACCUUCUCCAGCGCCCGCCCCGUCCCAUGUACCGCCUCCUCCCAGUGCCUCGCAAUAAGGAUAGGACGGAGCAGGCCGGCGUCUUGUUCUGCCCGCGUCUACCUCUCCACCGGGAGAGGGCGGCGAGCACAGGCUGCUGCUCGCGCCUCCUCCGCUGCGGGCGCGGUGGGAGCACCGGCCGACACCUUCCCGGCGGCGCUGCUGUUUGACUGCGACGGCGUGCUGGUGGACACGGAGAAGGACGGCCACCGCAUUUCCUUCAACGAGACAUUCGCCGAGAGGGAAUUAGGUGUGAGCUGGGAUGUUGAAUUAUAUGGAGAGUUGUUAAAGAUAGGUGGUGGAAAGGAAAGGAUGACAGCAUAUUUCAACAAGACAGGGUGGCCAGCUAAAGCGCCAAAAACUGACGAAGAAAGAAAGGAGUUUGUUGCUUCUCUUCACAAGAGGAAAACAGAGUUGUUCAUGGCCCUAAUCGAGAAGAAGCUCCUUCCUCUCCGUCCAGGUGUUCAAAGGUUAAUCGAUGAAGCUCUAGGAAAAGGGGUGAAAGUUGCAGUAUGCAGUACUUCAAAUGAGAAAGCUGUUUCAGCAAUAGUAUCAUGCUUACUGGGGUCUGAUCGAGCGGAGAAUAUUACUAUAUUUGCUGGGGAUGUGGUUCCUCGCAAAAAACCUGAUCCAGCAAUCUACUUGCUAGCAGCAAGUACACUUGAAGUUGAUCCAUCUAGCUGUGUUGUUGUUGAAGACAGUAACAUAGGGCUUUCAGCAGCAAAAGCUGCUGGUAUGAAGUGUAUUGUAACAAAAAGCGGGUACACAUCAGAAGAAGACUUUGUCUCAGCGGACGCCGUGUUCGAUUGCAUCGGUGACCCUCCGGAGGCACGCUUCGAUUUGGGAUUCUGCGCCAAGCUACUCGAGAAACAGUUCGUAAGCUGAGGAGGCACAUAUAUAUAUCCAAGUCUACCAGCCAGCCUCGUACAUAAUAUCUCUUUUCUUCCAAAAAGGAGGUUAAGUCCCGGCCUAAGCAUCGGUCUGUACACACGGUCAUACAUAAUAUCUUGUACACAAGUUUGAGAAGGGUGGUAUAAAAUGGUUUGAAAUAUAAAGGAACACCAUUAUUUUAUAGAAAGAAACGGUCGGCAUUCAGCUGACACUUGCAAUUUGCAAAGUGUCCUCUUGAGGAUUCAUAAACCGCCCUAUAAACUCCCUAGCAUCUGCCAUUUUCCCUGCUGUAUAAUCUUAACACGACAUUUAUGAAAUACUCUUUCUCCUUUUGUAAUGUCA